AUGACAAUUCUCAUUACAGGUGGUGCUGGUUAUAUUGGAAGCCACACUUUAAUAGAACUAUUCAAGGUCGGAUAUGACUUUGUAGUAUUUGAUAAUCUUAGCAAUUCUUGCGACGAAUCUUUAAAGAGAGUUUCUAAGAUCAUCAACAAAGAAGUCAAAUUUGUUAAGGGUGAUAUCAGAGAUCAUGCAGCAUUAAAGGAAUGUUUUGAAAAAUACAAACCCGACUCAGUAAUUCACUUUGCUGGUUCAAGGCAGUCGGUGAGUCAGUUGUUAAGCCUAUUGAAUACUAUGACAACAAUGUAA